AUGAGGCCGGAAAGAAAGAAAGCCAAGGAAAGCUUGGCCCUAAAUAGGAAGGGCCAUACACUAUCUUUAAAGCCCACAAAGGGGGAUAAUACAAGCUGGCAGGUCCGCAAGGCAAAAAACUUCCUCGCCAUUGGGACGGCAAAAACCUUAAAAGGUGCCCACAAUAGGUUGAUGGUCGAUUACUUUGUCGAAAACCCGGUAUACACAGAUGAAAUGUUUAGGCGUCGUUUCCGAAUGAGCUAUCGUCUUUUCUUACGUAUAGCCAACAAUUUGGCUAAUUAUGACCCAUUUUUCACAUUAAGAUGGGAUGCUACUAGUAAAAAGGGAUUUACCACUUUACAAAAGUGUACAUCGGCAAUUCGCCAAUUGGCUUACGGUACAAGUAGCGACGUGUGGGAUGAAUAUUUGAAUAUGUCUGAUAGAACUUCACGAGAGAGUUUGUAUCAAUUUUGCAAAGGGGUGGUCAAGCUAUACAGCACGAAGUACUUACGAAGGCCAACAAAGAAUGACAUCAUAAAGUUGUACCAGGCACACGAAAGUAAACAUGCUUUUCCUGGAAUACUUGGUAGCAUAGAUUGUAUGCAUUGGCCUUGGCAUAAUUGCCCUAAUGAAUGGCAAGGUCAAUUUACUCGAGGUGAUCAUGGUCAUCCCACAUUAAUUCUAGAAGCCGUGGCAUCAAAUGAUCUUUGGGUUUGGCAUGCUUUCUUUGGUGUUCCUGGUUCGAAUAACGACAUUAACGUUCUUGGUCAGUCAGAUGUUUUCAAUGAUAUCGUUAACGGUACGGGGCCUGAUUCUAGGUUUUCGGUUUCAGGAGUAGAAUACAAGCACAUGUAUUAUCCAGCUGAUGGAAUAUACCCAACAUACACAGCGAUUGUUAAAACUAUACCGUAUCCAGAAGAUGAAAAAAGAAAGAAAUUUGCAAAUUGUCAAGCACUUGAAUUUGAACUCAAAACAUUGAGAUAUUGUAUGUAUGCUUGUAUCUUGCUGCAUAACAUGAUUAUCGAAGACGAAGGUAACGCCAUAUGUGAAUAUGAUACUAACGACAUUCAUGAGAAUGUUGUAGCAGUUGAUGAAGGGCAACAAGAAUCUAACAUGUGGGCGUUAUACAACGAGACUACGCAUAACCAUCUUCAUUCGGAUUUGAUUGAACAUGUUUGGCAAUUUGGUCAGGUUAACAACAACGAGUAG